AUGAUGGGCCUUGCCAAAACAUUGAUCUUUGCCUCGCAGCUGACUGCAGUUGUCGUCGCAACACCAACUAUCAACAACGACAACGAACUCACCACCAAAUGGCCCGUCUGCGUCAAGCCAACCAAAGUCCUCGACGAACGCACCCCAACCGUCAAACGCGGCCCUGUUGAGACACCACUUCCAACCCAGCCCGGCAUGGUCAACAACUGCAACAAGUUCUGCUGGGUCCAGACAGGCAACAAGUGCUUCCAGGUCGCUAUGGAGAACCAUAUCUCGCUCGCCGACUUCCUCAAGUGGAAUCCUGGCGCUGGGUCAGAUUGCCGCACUCUUUGGGCAAACACCUAUGCUUGUGUGGGAGUGUCCAAGAAGUAA